AUGGCGGCGUUGGACGACCUCUUCGCUGCCGACGCGAAGCUCCAGGCCCUCGCUGAGGAUUCCGACCGACUUGAAAAUGCGCGUCGUCGCUUCGAGACAACGCCGCCCGUAUACAAAUCUCGGCCUUCAGCAGAGGUCACGCAGCUCCAUACGCCAGGGCCGCUCACUGAGGAGGAGCGCCGCGUCCACCACGAAAAGGAGCGAUUUUUCUACGUUCAGGAUCACCGGAACAGAUCAAGGCCGUGUCAUCAAUUUGAGCUGCAAAAGUCGAUCGAGUCCGACUUCCUGACUGAUAAAUGGCGCGAAAAACUCGGUCCGCACUGCUACGGAUCCCACAACGAUCUAAAGAUCGCGGAGCGCUUGGUCAGAGAGAGGUGGGCAGAAUGGGGUAUCUGGAGUCAGGAAUGGGAAGGCGAACCAACAGACCUCUGGAAGACUGAUGUUGUGGUUUCAAAUGACAUUGACUUCUAUGAAGACUUUGUCUUGGAGACCGAGGCGCAGCGGGAAACCGUCGACCAGCGCAGCUCCCAGCGCAGCGAGAGCCAAGCUGCCGCCGAUCCUGCACAAGGGCCCGUGGGAACCGCCCAACAUUGCGACGACGAUAACUCGCGCCCGUACAAUCUGUUCCUCCUCUUGGUUGGCGUCGAGCGCCAACGGUUGCGGGACAGAUCUACCAUCAAGUCCGAUCCACACGACAUCAACACGCAGGCGUACAACGCGGUGAGAAAGGAGUGGGAGAAAGAGGGCAUCUGGCGGACGACCUGGGGAACCCUGCCGGGGAUGACUUGGAAGCACGAACAUCCCUUGAGAGACAUCAUCGACGAGGAGGCCAGCCUCACAUUGGAGGAGCUUGAUCACAGGAAAUACUAUACAACAACGGAGCGGCUCGCGGCCCUGCCUGACGACACGGACGACACUGAUCCAGGGACACCAUACUCGGUUCGAAGCAUGUCUCCGGUACGCCCGCCGCGGGACGCCGGGUCGCCACCGUAUCAGCCCAAAUUCAACCUAUUUGCCGGCUUACAAAGUUCUGGAGGGAGCGGGCACUUCCAUCCCGGGAAAAGGCCACUGCCCGACGCCGAUGCCUUGUUUCCAAUCAGAGGCGAGUCGCACCAAUCCGCGGAGCCUGAAACGCCCGAUGCGGACGGUGUUCCGAUGCAGGUCUCUCAACAAUCCUGUGAGAUGACCGGGGCCAAUAACCCUUUCAAGGGGCUGUUUGGCAAACCGGUUACCUCAAGUGGCCCUGUCGAAAAUAGUAACGGGACGGAUCCAGACUCGGUACCUUGUCCGCCUUCUAUAGAGACGGCCAACGGCAAGUCGUCACCGACAAACAAGCCCUCAACUGCGCGCAAGUCGCCCAAGAGGAAGAGGGGGGCAAAGCCUAGCCUUGAUCAGGCGUCGGCCCAUGCGAUCCCAUUGCCGUCCGAGAGCCAGGGACGCACGCGGCGGAGCAAGCGCCUUGCCGCGAAGGAGACGACUGCGAGCCCGGAUCCGAAGCCUGCUCGCAGGGGGAAGCGCAAAGUUCGAUGA